AUGAUCGCCGAAGCGGACUUUGUUAACAGAAACACCUCUGAGAACGAAACUUCCAUUUCUGUACUGUCUAGCCAAAGGUGUUAUUUUUACGACCCUCUCAAUAAUUACGAACUCGGAGGAGUUCUUUACAUUGAAAGCAUAGUCACCACAGUGAUAAACUUUAUCUGCGCCGUCAUCGCUAGUUCGGGCAACGGCAUCAUCCUAGUAACGUUCUGGAAAACAAAUCAGCUUCGAUCGCAAUCCCAACUGUUUCUCUGGUGCCUGGCAUUUGCAGAUUUUCUCACUGGGUUCAUAGCGCAACCAUUUUAUGGAGCAUUCAAGAUAACUUAUCUAGCGGGGUAUGUUUCUGUCUCUUGCGUGUUAAGGGCAAUUCUUGAAACGGUUGCUUGGUUCUCAGCAGCGUUGUCCUGUUCACUGGUUUCGUCUAUCAUUGGCGAGCGUUACCUGGCUUUGCAUUAUCACAUGAGGUAUCACGAUGUCGUAACCACAAAAAGGACCAUUCAAUACAUCGUAUUUCUGGUUAUUGUCAUGGGGAUUGCAAGCCAAGUUUCAAGGUUCGCCAUGACGAAAAUGAGACCGUUUUUGUACUUAAGCAUUUCUGGAUUGCUGUUGAGUCAUCUAACGUUGCUAACCUGUUCCUGGAAAAUAUACAAACAGGUUCGUCGACAUUUGCGGCAAAUAAAAGACCAGGGCUCUGCAGAAAGCCAAUCUCUUGAUAUGCAGCGACACAAGAAAUCCGUGAUGAAAAUGGCAUAUAUCGCUUUUUUGUACAUAAUUUCUUACAUGCCUUUUACGUGCGUUCUGUGUGCUUAUUUGUCUAAUGGCUUUACCAGUACUGUAGAGGCUGCUUAUGAUAUAACUCGGACUAUGGCUUUCAUGAGUUCAUCGUGGAAUCCUUUUAUUUAUUUUUGGAAAAUACAAGAACUAAAAGAAGCGGUCAAGAAAGUGAUGAAAAAGGAUCAUGCUACAGUUCACUAA